CGAAGGUGUAGUUUCACAACGGAGCAUUUUAUCUGUGGGACCGAAUGAAUAAACACGUGAACGGUGUUGUCUUUUGACAGCUGUUGCUUACGAUUAAUUUACCCGAAAUAUCCACAACUGUGUGUUGCAUUAACUUCCAUCCAUCGGAGGUCAAAAUGACGAGGUGGGCCCGUGCAAACAACAUUCACAAACACAAAACGGCCGAUGCCACACCGUGGAAACAGCUCAAAGCAAACGGGGAUGCAGGAGGACCAGAAACAAGCUCCGGUGACCGAGGAGGCCAAGCCAACAGACAUAACAGAGCUCCUAAUGCUCCGAGGCCCGUCCAGCAUGGACGAGGCAUAAAUAAACCCAUCAAAAACAAACACGGUCAUGACACUGAAGAUGUGAAUGGGUUUCUGGAGUAUUUAAGGCAGACAGGUCAGACCCUACAGAGGAGGACACCUGGAGAGGGAAACGAAGACCUGCGAGAAGAAGUGGCGAUAGCGCUGAAGAAAGAUGAACGACGAGAACACAGAAGGAUUAAAAGACAGCAAACUAAAAAGAACAACAUGGUCUGCUUCAACUGUAGGAAGCCCGGUCACGGUAUUACGGACUGCCCGGAGGCAGAUAAUGAUGAAGAGAUGGGCAGUGGAAUCUGUUAUCGGUGCGGAUCUACUGAACAUGAACUCCGGGGAUGUCGGGCUAAAGUAGAUCCUGCCAUGGGUGAAUUUCCCUACGCCAAGUGUUUUAUUUGCGGUCAGACGGGUCAUUUGUCCAAAUCCUGUCCUGAUAACCCCAAGGGACUGUAUGCUGCCGGAGGCUGCUGCCGUGUGUGUGGUUCAGUUGAACACUUUCAGAAGGAUUGUCCUGAACAUCAGACCUCAGCUAAUGCCAUCACCGUCAGCCGGAUGUCCAACAGGAUCAGUGCUGACCACGAAGACGUCCAUGUGCCUGCGAAGAAAGUGCAGCCAAAGAAGGACAAGGUGGUGGUUUUUUGACCUGUCUGGACAAUAUAGAAAUGGACCUUAAUUUAGACUUGAUUAGUCUGGGCUCUGCGGUUGUGGAUUCGUCAAAGACCUCGGCCCUGUGGAUGUGCUCAGACUGUGUGCCAUGGAUUAUUUUAUGACUGUUUAGAUAUUGUAAAGAUUCUGAGACUUGUGGACAUCACUACUGGGUCAGUCACAGACAUGAAAUAUAAAUCAUUAAUACUG